GCAAGACAGCCGACGUAGCCAAGAACAGUCAAGUUUAUGCAUUUCUCGUCCCUGACGUCAGAAGAGAAGGCAUGGAAAAGAAAUCUUGAGACCAAGGUUGAUACUUUAUACUUAAUGCAACAGCGGCAGCUACCAGCUACAGUACACCACGAUGAACAGCGUUCUUCCCACCUCUGUGGGUCCGGUCAUGGAUCGGCGGCUAUCCGAAAUCACAUGGAGCAAUCACAAAUUCAAGACACAGCACGGCUUGGCGUUUUGAGUGUAUCGAUGGUUUUGCAACUUUUGUAUCCUGUCAAGAAUCGACAAUGGGUUCCAGAGGGCCAUCCAAGCCCAACCUAGUCCAGGCUUUUAGCCUCUCGUCGCUCGACCCUGCUGAUGCGCAACAUGCGCCCCUCCUUUACCGUCAACGUGAAGAGACAUUCUACAGCCGCACUGCGCAGCUUCGCCAUGGAUCAUAUCUUCGCACUUUCAAAAGAGACGAAUCUUUGAGUCCGCUACUCCCCAAGGAGCAUGUCGACGCUUUCCUGGAAGAGUAUGUAAUUACCGGCUGCGCAGUCGUCCAGGGCGGAUCAAUCCGCCUCGAAGAGUACCGUCAUGGGAAUGGCCCAUCAUCCAGAAAUGACAUCCAGUCGUGCACGAAAUCCUUCACUAGUACCGUUCUGGGGAUCGCGCAUCGAGAUGGGAAGUUGAGCAUCCACGAUCGUGUUGAUAAAUACAUUCCCGAACUGAAGGAUACGGCCUGGGCGGAUGUUCCUUUGCUAGCACUCAUCAACAUGUCGUCGGGCGUACACGAACCGAUGAACGCUCCCCAACCGGAUUUUGCGAAGGAUAUUUAUCCAUCGAAGAACCCAGAUGCGGUAUUGAACUGGCUGAAGACGUUCCAGAAGAUCGCCAAGCCCUGGGAGAGAUUUGAGUACUACAACCCUAAUUACUACGUCUUGACCACGUGCAUCUCAAGGGCUCUGGGGGAACCUUUUCACGAGUACCUCGGCAAAAAGAUCUGGUGGCCGGCUGGGAUGCAAUAUGAUGGCUACAUUCGACACACCGGUGCUGGCCAAGUAGAUGGCCACGGUGGAUUAUCGGUCACGCUGCUGGACAUGGCUCGGUUUGGCCGGUCCAUUCUCAACAACAUGGAUGGCAAGGGGGGUCCAGGAGUGCCAGAAGGGUGGUUCAAGGACAUCUCGGCCGCAAACGCGAGUAUAUAUGUAAGACCACCGGGCCCAUUGGAUGAGGAAGUGGGAGGCUUCAAUUACCAGACUGGCUGGUGGACACCUCAAAGGGAUGGAAGGACGGGGAUACUGGCUGAGCUUGGGGCCUUCGCAGCAGUGGGGAUAUAUGGACAGUCAAUCCAUAUAAUCCCUGGUCUGGACACGGUCAUUGUCACGCAGUCGGGGCAUCACCAUCACCAUCCAGAUCUGCUGGUUGGAAAUGUCGAUUUCGUUCUCGAGGUGGCCAGGGCAUUGCAGGAAGAAGAAAGUACCGGUAGAUCAUUAGCUCCUAGUGUAUAGACUGUCAAACCC